AUGGGUAGCACACCUCAUUAUUCUAGGGUUGUGGAUGCACCAGAGGCUCUUAACGUAGUUACCGGUCGCAGUAUAUAUUACGGUAUGCGUCCGUGGCGCUGUGAUGAUCGUUUUCAGGACUUCAUGGGUUCAUUUUUGCGUCUUGACUCCCCGGUUAAUCAAUUUCAGCUUGCGAAGCUGCUGUGGAGGUGUGCUCGCUCUAAAAGCGGUGAGGAGCCGCUUGAUGAUUACAGGUGGUUGGGGAGGAAGGAGGUUAUGUUUUACGUUGAGCGUUAUGGUAGCGGCAUGAUGAGGACGGGUAUUUUCGAGAGGUACCCGUACAAUCAGAACGAGCUGCAGAGAGUGAUGGAGGAGGACGGGCUGAGGAUGCGCGUGUGGCGACAUCAACGUGAGUUGGAGAUGGAGUCCAAACAAGGGAAGGUUGACGAUCUCCUUCGCACUAACGUGAUGAAUACCGUUAAGAAGCCUUGA